AUGGCCUGUCUUACAAUAACAGAGAUGGAAGGGCCGACAUCAUCUGGUGUUCACCAGAAUGGUGGCAUCCUUGGGAAUUCAGCCCUUCACAGACCGAGAGAACCGCUGCUUCGAGUUUAUCUUUAUCAUUCCCCAGGGAAGGUGGAAGGCGAUUAUCUACAGUUUCCAGCUGGAGAAUAUGUUGCGGAAGAGAUCUGUAUGGCUGCCUGUAAGGCUUGUGGUAUCUUUCCAGUCUACCAUAACAUGUUUGCAUUAAUGAACCAGGCAGACAGAUGCUGGUAUCCUCCAAACUACACCUUCCAAAUAGAGGGAUCAGCCAAUGACACCAUACUGUACCGAUUAAGGUAUUAUUUCCCUCACUGGUAUUCUAACGGCAGUACACGAGCAUACCGGUAUGGUGUUUCUCGGGGUGCAGAGAGUCCUGUUCUUGAUGAUGUUGUCAUGUCUUAUUUGUUUGCCCAGUGGCGAGAAGACUUUGUCCAUGGAUGGGUAAAGAUGUCUGUUACUCAUGAAACUCAAGAAGAGUGUCUUGGCAUGGCCGUUCUUGAUAUGAUGAGAAUGGCCAAAGAGAAGGACCAAACUCCCUUGGCUAUCUACAAUUCUAUCAGCUACAAAAUGUUUUUGCCCAAAUGUAUCAGAGAAAAAAUCCAAGACUAUCACAUUCUAACACGAAAAAGAAUAAGGUACAGGUUUCGCAAGUUUAUUCAGCAGUUCAGCCAGUGCAAGGCAACUGCCAGAAAUUUGAAACUGAAGUAUCUUAUAAAUCUGGAAACCCUCCAGUCUGCCUUCUACUCAGAAGUGUUUGAAGUAAAAGAGCCUGGGAGAGAACUUUCAGAAGAAGAGAGUUUUGCAACCAUUGUAGUAUCUGGAAAUGGAGGAAUUCAGUUGUCCAGAGGGAAACAUAAAGACAGUGAAACACUGGCAGAACAGAACCUACAGACCUACUGUGAUUUCCCUGAUAUCAUUGAUGUCAGUAUUAAACAAGCAAGCCAGGAAGGUUCCAGUGAGAGCAGAAUUGUAACAAUUCACAAGCAGGACUCCAAGAAUCUGGAAGCAGAGUUUCAUUCACUAAGAGAAGCUCUUUCUUUUGUGUCGUUAAUUGAUGGCUAUUAUAGAUUAACUGCAGAUGCCCAUCAUUACCUCUGUAAAGAAGUAGCACCUCCUUCAGUGCUUGAAAAUAUCCAGAGCAAUUGCCAUGGGCCAGUUUCGAUGGACUUUGCAAUCAAUAAACUGAAGAAAGCCAGCAGUCAGACUGGGUAUUACGUUCUUCGUUGCAGUCCAAAAGAGUUUAAGAAAUACUUUCUGACCUUUGCUGUGCAGCGGGACAGCAUCACUGAUUACAAACAUUGUUUAAUAACCAAAAGUGAAAGUGGUGAGUAUAAUCUCACUGGUACAAGAAGAAGCUUUACAAACCUUCCGGAUUUGUUGAAUUGUUACCGGACAGAAACUGUACGAUCAGACAGCAUAAUUUUCCAGUUUACCAGAUGCUGUCCACCAAAGCCAAAAGAUAAAUCCAACCUCCUAGUAUUCAGAAGCAAUGCAAUGUCUGAUAUACCCACGUCUCCCACCUUGCAGAGGCACAAUAACAUCAGUCAGAUGGUCUUUCACAAAAUCUCCAAUGAAGACUUAAUAUUUAAUGAAAGCCUUGGGCAGGGUACAUUCACCAAGAUUUUCAAAGGUGUGAGGAAAGAAGAGGGAGACUAUGGCAAGUCUUUCUUUGAGGCAGCAAGCAUGAUGAGUCAGCUUUCUUACAAACACUUGGUAUUAAAUUAUGGCGUUUGUGUGUAUGGAGAGGAAAAUAUUCUUGUGCAGGAGUUUGUAAAGUUUGGAUCAUUGGACACUUAUUUGAAGAAAAAUAAAAAUUCUAUAACCAUCUUGUGGAAACUGGAAGUUGCCAAGCAGCUAGCAAUGGCCAUGCACUUUCUGGAAGAUAAGAACCUUGUUCAUGGAAACGUAUGUGCAAAAAAUAUUUUGCUUAUCAGAGAAGAAGAUAGGAAGUCGGGGAACCUUCCUUUUAUCAAGCUUAGUGAUCCUGGUAUCAGCAUUACAGUGUUGCCGAAAGACAUUCUUCUUGAGAGAAUACCCUGGGUUCCACCUGAAUGCAUUGAAAACCCCAAGCAGCUGAGUUUGGCUACAGACAAAUGGAGCUUUGGGACCACUCUGUGGGAGAUUUGCAGCGGGGGAGACAAGCCUCUUAGUGCACUGGAUUCUCAGAGAAAACUGCAGUUUUAUGAAGACCGACACCAGCUUCCUGCUCCAAAUUGGACAGAACUGGCCAAUCUAAUAAAUAACUGUAUGGAUUAUGAGCCAGACUUCAGGCCUUCAUUCAGAGCAAUUAUACGUGACCUGAACAGUUUGUUCACUCCAGAUUAUGAACUAUUGACAGAAAAUGACAUGUUGCCAAAUAUGAGAACUGGCGCACUUGGAUUUUCUGGUGCUUUCGAAAGCAGGGACCCAACCCAUUUUGAAGAGAGACACCUCAAGUUCUUACAACAGCUUGGCAAGGGUAAUUUUGGCAGUGUGGAGAUGUGCCGAUAUGACCCACUGCAGGACAAUACAGGGGAAGUGGUGGCUGUUAAAAAGCUGCAGCACAGCACAGAAGAACAUUUGCGGGACUUUGAAAGAGAAAUCGAAAUUCUCAAAUCCUUACAACAUGACAACAUUGUCAAGUACAAAGGAGUCUGUUACAGCGCUGGUCGGAGAAACCUGAAGUUGAUAAUGGAAUAUUUACCCUAUGGAAGUUUGCGUGACUACAUCCAGAAACAUAAAGACAGACUGGAUCAUAAGAAACUCCUUCAGUAUGCCUCACAGAUAUGCAAGGGAAUGGAGUAUCUGGGCACAAAAAGAUAUGUUCACAGAGAUCUCGCAUCUCGUAACAUCUUGGUGGAGAACGAGAACAGAGUUAAAAUUGGAGACUUCGGCUUGACAAAAGUUUUGCCUCAAGACAAAGAGUACUACAAAGUAAAGGAGCCAGGCGAGAGCCCUAUAUUUUGGUAUGCUCCAGAAUCACUGACAGACAACAAGUUUUCUGUGGCCUCAGAUAUGUGGAGCUUUGGUGUGGUUCUGUACGAACUCUUCACAUACAUAGACAAGAACAAAAGCCCUCCAGCGGAGUUCAUGCGCAUGAUUGGCAACGAUAAGCAAAACCAGAUGAUCGUGUACCAUUUGAUAGAGCUUUUGAAAAAUAAUGGACGGUUGCCAAGACCUGAUGGAUGUCCUGAUGAGGCUUAUGCCAUGAUGAUGGAAUGCUGGAAUAGUAACGUGAGUCUGCGACCCUCCUUCAGGGACCUUGCUCUGCGAGUGGAUCUCAUAAGGGAGAGCAUGGGCGGAUGAGAUUGCUGAAAUUCAUCCAGAGGGACACACUGGCAUACGGAACAAAUGUGUUCUGGCUUCUUUGGGUGGUUGCAGAUGAUUGGUUUCCCUUGUACUGCCAUAUGCAUUCAUCGUGUCUGAGGACAGAGACUGUCAGGAAUCAUCAUGUCUGAACUUGCAAAUGAUGUGGACAAAUUCUGCUUAGUUUCUUCAUGAAGAAUACGACAAUGAUACACCAAUGAAAAGCACUUUGGCUUUCUGAAAAGCAAAAUAGCAUAAUAUAUGUCCAGUCUGCAAUCACCAUGGUUUGCCUUGUAGAGUCAUAGCACACAUAGCACCAAAAAAAAAAAGUCAAGCAGAGAAGAUAAUAGAAAGAUGAGAAAACUGAAUGGAGAGACAGAAGAUAUGUCUGUAUGAUGACUACCUUGGGUUGCUGCUGAAACAAAGGUGGCAGUCAGCAGCUGACCUGUCAUACUUCAUUAUGUUGGAAACAUCUUGGGUCCAGUUUGAUGGUGCCACUAGAAGUGUCCAUGCUAAGUUGCACCACUUUU